GAAUGAGACGGAGCUGAGGAUGCGCUCGGAGAAUAUACGUGAGUUCAUGCAACGGAGGAGGUGGAUCAGACCAUCAUCAUUGUUUUCUUUAGAUUGUUGUACGAUCAUAUGAUGGAGCUGGACAUUGCGUCUGUCGGGUUGUUAUGUCCAGAGAGCAUAGCAUACGUGGUAGAAUUUGGAGAUCGCCAGUAUCUGGAUAAAGCACUUGAGACCUAUCAAUUGCGACCCUGGAUACUUAUGCCGUUGUAUCUAUCGACACCGCGACAUUGGGUGUUAGUUGUAAUAUGUUUGUUUGAAAACAAAGUGUAUUUUCUAAACUCCAUCAAGUCAACUGGAGGUCAUAAGAAUAUGAAGGUGAAGACUUUCGUCAACGAGUCUUGGCGAUUACUUCGGGAACGACAUAUGCCUCAGCUUAAGGCUCGACCGGAUUGGGUUGAUGUUCCAGGAGUACCCCAACAAGAAGGGAAUGUUGAUUGUGUACCAUUAUUCGAGGUGUUUCAGUCUACUUUGCCUUAUACUAGAGCCGAGUUAGAGGAAAUUAGAGAGUUUUGGGCCGGGGGUUUUCUCGAUGAACUUGUAUUGCAGAGGAAGCCUUGGGAUCAUGAGCAAGAUAGUGGAAUCCACGCUCAUAAUGGUUGGUUGGGAGUAGAAACAAUGUGGCAAUUCGUGCUUGUGUUCAUUCUCGGGGCGCUGACGGUCGUCGGAGUUGAAGCAGCGGCGGCGUUAUAUCUCCUGCGGUGGUUGACUCGGAAAAUCCGCCGUCAAAUUGGUGCCGCUAAGUUCUCCGAUGAACUGUCUUAUCCGGCCAACCUCGAUCCCUCCUUUUACAACAAGCAGGGAAUAGUGUGGGUUCUAGAUUUAGAAAAUAUUUCAAGAGCUUCUCCGGUAGACAAAGCUUCAGGGCAGAAAAAAAGCAAGAAAGAGAUCGUGGAGGUUGAACCUGUCCAGAACUACGCAAAAAUAAAGGAUCAUUCUCUCUUGUUAAUAGAAUCUGAUGGUUCUGAUACUGAAAUUCAACUUAGGCAUUGUGCAAUAGCAGCGGUUUCUGCGACAGCCUUGUCUUCACGAAAAUGGGCAAAAAGGUACCCUAUACAAAUAGAAAGCAAAUCAACAUCAACAAUAUACAAAGGAAGCAGAACAUUUUACAUAUAUCUCGAGACAUCUUGGGAGAAGGAGUCCUGGUGUAAGGCUCUAUGUCUUGCUUCAUGUGAAGACAAAGAGAAACUAAAGUGGUUUGUCAAGUUAAAUUUGGAGUUUCAAAAUUACCUGACAUCGCUUAAUGCAGUUUACCCUUCAUUCAUGAAACCAUUGGGACAUGUUAAUAGUGAACUAACUGAUAAAUCAAUGAAAUUCGAUGGCUCUUCAUCAAAGGUUGUACUGUUCCUUAAGAAACUUGCCAAGAAAACCUCCAAGGCUGGUAUGGAAAGCAAGGCAUACUGGGUUUCAGGCUCUAGUCAAGGACCAUCAGCCUUAACGCCGGCUGAUUCCUUGAAUGAAGAAAUCGUGGUCCCUUCAUCACUAUCGAUGUCAACUGGAUCAUCAACCCAGAGUCAUCUGCCUGUAAUUUCUGAAUCAGAUUCUGAUGAUAAGGUCUGUCAUGAUGAAGGAACUCUUUGCUGGAAUUUGUUGUUGUCACGACUUUUCUUCGAUGUUAAAGAAAACGAGGGAAUGAGAUAUUCUAUGCAAUCUUGGAUUCAGAGAGCGCUGUCCAACAUGCGAAGUCCCAGUUACAUGGGUGAAAUGAUUUGCAGUGCGGUUAACCUUGGUAAUCUCCCUCCGUAUAUUCAUGGAAUGAGGGUUCUUCCGUCAGACAUGAAUGAGGUUUGUAUAAUGGAGAUUGAUGUCGAGUAUUCUGGUGGAGCUAUUUUAGAGGUUGAAACAAGGAUUGCAGUUCAAGAUCUAGAUUUAGAGGAAAAGCAAGGUACUAGCAGAGAAGCAAGUGAUGUGGAUGAGAUCAAAUCAGAUCUGCUAGAAGGUUUUGAGCACUUUCAGAAGCACAUGAAAUCUGAGGAGACACCUGAUCACUUGAAUCAUACAGAUGAAGAUUUCAGAGAUGAAAUAAGAAACAAUGGAAAUAUUCCAAGGGCAUCACCUCAAGUUUCUAGAUGGAAAGCUAUCUUACAUUCCAUCGCCAAACAGGUCUCACAGGUUCCAAUUUUGUUGGGGAUAAGGGUUGCAUCUCUUCGAGGAACAAUCCGUCUAUUCAUAAAGUCCCCGCCUUCAGAUCAAAUAUGGUUCGGGUUCACAUCUAUGCCAGACCUCGAUUUUCAAUUGGAGUCUUUUGUCGGAGAUCAUAGGAUUACAAGCGGACAUAUUGCUUUAUUCCUAAUCAAUCGGUUUAAGGCAGCUAUCCGUGAAACGUUGGUACUUCCAAACUGUGAAAGUGUAUGUCUGCCUUGGAUGUUAGCUGAAAAAGAAGACUGGGUCCCACGCAAAGUCGCUCCAUUCAUAUGGAUUAAUAAAAAUAAUAAUAAUAGCAAUAAUCAAGUAGUUCCCAUCACUGAGCCUGAGGAGACUAAAGAGUUAGAUGAAGCCGCUGUUAAUAAUAGGGAAGUUUGCAACAGCAGUGAUCCUCAAGAGGAGGAGGGCAAACAUGAACCACCACCAUCAAUUGAUUCAUUCUCAUCCUCAUCGUCUGCUCCUAAAGAUCAGUUAACAAUGAACGGUAACCCUAUGCAAGAACCACCACCACCACCACCACAAGAGGGCUAUCCGCGGAAAAGCUCAGCAGAAAACCUGAUGGAGGGCGACUCCUCACCAUCUGGAGCAAUGAAAGCAACAGCAGAUCAAGAGCUACAACAACAUGUUGCAGAACCGAAACGGAUGGGGAGCACCAAAGCCAAGAUGCUUGGCCUAGGCAAGAAAAUGGGUGAAAAGUUCGAAGAGAAGAGACGCCAUAUUGAAGUGAAGGGAAGGCACAUUGUAGAGAAAAUGAGAGGGCAACAACAACAACAACAAUGAAUGCAACAAACACCAACUUGUGUUGUAGUAAGUUUUCUUCUACUUAUCUUCAACUCAUACUGUCAUAUCAUUGGUUGAUAACCAUUAUCAGAAAUUAAUGAUAGUCCAAAAAUUUCAACACCUGUUUUAUUUAUUCUUUAUUAUAUAUUCUUUAUGUGUGUGUGUGUGUACACACACUCACUCACACCUGUCUCAUAAAAAUCUUCCUAGUUUGAGUUUUAUGGAGUUCAAAAAAAGCGUUGAAUGGUG